AAAUCUUACACUACUACUGCACAGCCUGGUGUAUCGUUCUAUGUAUUGACAUAUCUUUAUCUUUACAGCACGGCGACCUACUUCGUUACCUGUUGUCCAGGUUCGGGGUAGUCCUAUUCUUUGACCCCGUUUUCAUCCUCGCACAAGAUGGCUCAGAAGUUAGCAGGGAAAAUCGCGAUAGUAACAGCAUCGACAGACGGAAUCGGGUACGCCAUUGCGGAGAAACUUGCCCAAGAUGGCGCCAAAGUGGUAGUAAGCAGCCGGAAGCAGGCUAAUGUUGACGCCGCCGUUAAGAAGCUCAAAUCUCAAAAUCUGGAUGUCGUAGGCGUUGUAUGUCAUGUGGGGAAACCGGAAGAUAGAGAUCGACUCGUGACUACGGCUAUAGAAAAGUAUGGUGGUAUAGAUAUAUUCGUAUCCAACGCUGCCGUUAAUCCCUUCUUCGGUCCGAUCCUAGAUUGUCCAGAGUCUGCUUGGGACAAGAUUUUUGACAUUAAUGUGAAAACAACAUUUUUACUCUGUAAGGCCAUUGUUCCUCAAAUGCAAAAGCGAGGAGGAGGUUCUAUAAUACUCGUUUCUUCAACUUCAGGAUAUGAGCCAAAUGCAAUUAUUGGACCAUAUGGUGUCAGUAAGACAGCCGUUCUUGGUUUGAAAAAGGCCUUAGUGCAUCAACUGUCGCCGAUGAACAUCCGGGUUAAUUGCCUCGCUCCCGGUCUAAUCAAAACGAGGUUUAGCGAAGCUCUGUGGAAAGAUUCGAACAACUUGAAGAUUGCAACACAAAAUAUAAAGCUUGGAAGAAUCGGCGAGGCCCGAGAGUGUGCUGGGAUUGUGGCCUUUCUAGCGUCAGACGAGGCUUCCUAUAUCACAGAUGAAACUGUUAUGGUGUCGGGUGGAGCACAAAGUCGACUCUAGGGGUAGAUCAAAGAUGAGACAAACAAUUAAAAUACUCUAGAACUUUUAUUGAUUAAUUGUUUAUCCCAGUGGAAUAAAACCCUUUCCUUGAUCAUGGAGAUGGAAUUUAUAUAAUUUCUGAAAUUAGUUAAAGUCGUAUGCUUUGUUUCCUUGGUAAAAAAAAUGGAAAAAGUAAACAAAAUUCUAGCAGAAAACUUGCCGAUAAAAUAAUUAUUUCGCUAGAGUACGAAUCGUUUUCCAUUAUGUCGACAAAUCCACAUGUCAUUGUUCUUAGUACAAAUUACAAUCAACAAUAUUUUACGAGUAUUCAUUUAUUACUGGCUUUGCAUUACAAAAUGCUUUUCAACAAAAUAAUAUCAUCAAGUAAAUAAUACAAACGAUUGGGAAAGAAAUAUUCUGCUUUAUCUAUUCUAAUCAAAUAACCUUGCCAUGCAUAAACGCAUAGAGGGAACCGCAGAAUUCAUUGUUUGAAAAA